ACCCUUUCGUUGGCCGAAAGGACUCUCUUCCCCCCAUCCCCCAAAACGCGAGAAAAGGAAGAAAGAGUUCUUCUCUAGAUUUUGCUUGUUCAUAAUUUAAAAGAAAAAACAAAUCGACUUAGGAUAACGGAACUUCGGAAUCGUAUAAUCGAAAACCAAAAAGUUUGCUUGACUGAUAAUUUGUGAUCAUGGAAAUAUCUUCGGGACCAAUCGGUUCUUGCUCCAAGGAGAACCAGAAGACCUACCUUGAGUGGUUUAACUUCGCUGAUUCAGAUGGUGAUGGUCGGAUCACCGGUAGUGAUGCUAUAAAGUUCUUUGGAAUGUCUAAUUUAUCUCGACAGGAUCUCAAGCAGGUGUGGGCGAUUUCAGAUUCUAAGCGACAGGGAUAUCUUGGCUUCAAUGAGUUCAUCGGUGCUAUGCAGUUAGUUUCCCUGGCACAAGCUGGACAUGAAAUCACAAGUGAUCUCUUAAAAAGCGAUGUUGACUUUGAAAAUCUGAAGCCUCCAUCCAUGGAAGGUCUGGAUGCCCUGAUUGCUAAGAAAAAGCGCACUUCAAAAUCAAGUGACCCUGAUAUAAAUGUUAGUCCUCCAGUGGAAACAUCGCCUUCAGUCAGUUGGUUUUCCUCAAAAUCAUCGAAAAAGGUACCUCUAUCCUCCGUUACAUCCAUCUUUGAUGGGUUAAAGAGAUUGUAUAUUCAGAAGCUCAAGCCGUUAGAAGUUACUUAUCGUUUUAAUGAUUUUGUAUCUCCACUGUUGACAAACAGUGAUUUUGAUGCCAAACCAAUGGUCAUGCUGUUGGGCCAAUAUUCCACAGGAAAAACAACAUUCAUCAAACAUUUACUUAAGAGUGGUUAUCCUGGAGCUCAUAUUGGACCUGAGCCAACAACUGACAGAUUUGUUGUUGUUAUGUCUGGUACUGAUGAAAGGAGUAUACCCGGCAACACAGUGGCAGUCCAAGCAGAUAUGCCCUUUAAUGGACUGACAACUUUUGGAACUGCAUUUUUAUCAAAAUUUGAAUGUUCUCAAAUGCCUCAUCCUUUGCUGGAGCAUAUUACAUUUGUGGACACGCCUGGAGUUUUAUCAGGGGAAAAACAACGAACACAACGAGCUUAUGAUUUUACUGGUGUAACUUCAUGGUUUGCUGCAAAGUGUGACCUCAUUCUGCUUCUGUUUGAUCCUCACAAACUUGAUAUCAGUGAUGAGUUCAAGCGUGUCAUUUCAUCUUUGCGUGGUCAUGAUGAUAAGAUUAGGGUGGUUCUGAACAAGGCAGACCAAGUUGAUACUCAACAACUAAUGAGAGUUUAUGGUGCAUUAAUGUGGUCACUAGGGAAAGUUCUAAACACUCCUGAAGUCAUGCGUGUUUAUAUUGGCUCAUUCAAUGAUAAACCUGUAAAUGAAGCUGCUGUUGGUCCAAUUGGGAAAGAACUUUUUGAGAAAGAACAGGAUGACCUUCUGUUAGAUCUAAAAGAUAUACCAAAGAAGGCUUGUGAUCGUCGGAUCAAUGAAUUUGUGAAACGAGCUAGAGCUGCUAAGAUACAUGCUUACAUUAUUAGUCAUCUGAAAAAGGAGAUGCCUGCAAUGAUGGGUAAAGCAAAGGCUCAACAGAGACUUGUAGAUAAUUUGGUAGAUGAGUUUCGAAAGGUUCAAAGGGAGUUCCACUUGCCUCCAGGUGAUUUCCCAAAUGUUGAGCACUUCAGAGAGGUUUUGACCGGUUACAGCAUCGACAAGUUUGAAAAGUUGAAGCCUAAAAUGAUACAAGCUGUAGAUGACAUGCUUGGUUAUGACAUUCCAGAGCUCUUGAAGAACUUCAGAAAUCCCUACGACUAAGAAACCAUAUAUUAGCAAUGUAUAGGGUAUGUAAUCUAGAUCAAGACUAUAUAGACUUCAAAUCAUUUACAUAUUGUAGGAUCAUUGGACAAAUCGAUUUUGGGUCAUCAGAGGGCUUGAGCCUUGAAUCCAUUGAGUUAUCCAGAAAAUAUAUAACCAAUUCAUAAUAUUUGAUUUGAAUGGAUUGAAUUAUUCAGAGAA